GGUGGCUAGGUGGCUAGGUGGCUAGAUGGCUAGGUGGCAAGUGAAUAAAAGCCACCUCCACUCCAUCGAGUGGCAUCAGUUGCAGGCCGCAAGCCAUUGAGGAUUAAGCCACCCACCCACAACAUGAUGAAACUGAUAGUGUCACUAAUUUCCAUCUGCGCCUUGGCGGCAGCUCGUCCUGGCUUCCUGCAUGGCCACCACCAUCACUAUCCGGAGAUUCCCUACUAUCCACACCACCACCAUGUGGAGCCACUGCACUACCACCUGCCCGCCGCCGUUUCCCACCAGAGUUCGACGGUGGUGCACAGUGUGCCGCACCACAUCAUCAAGCCCGUGCUCCUGCCCACAGUGGUGAAGACCGUGGUCCAUCCUCCCAUCAUCAAGGCCUACCAUCCUGCGCCCAUCAUCAAGGCCUACCACCCGUUCGAUCCCUUCCAUCUGCACCACCACCACCACGACUUCCACGAUUACCACCUGCACUAAUCGACGAUGGCCAAUUGACGAUGACUGACGAUCGAUAAUGAUAACACUGAUUACUGAUUACCGAUAACGACGACGGGAAGGAUGCAACCCUUAUAAGCUGUGUAUGUUUGCGUGUGUCGAUUGUUAAUGUGUAAUAUCCAAAAGGAAGUUUCGCUGUAAGCUGCUGAAAAAUAUGCUAUUCCAUCUAUCUUAAAUACUGUACAUAAAAGAUACAAUAUCUAAAAUGGUA